AUGAUUUUUUUAUCAGACCUAACUGGUUUCCCCAGAGCAUUAUCUAUGGUUAUCCGACCAGGUAGUAAAGCGCUUAGGGAUAGAAAAAUGACAUCGUGGGAUCCGCUUGAGUUAGCUUUGAAACCUGGGUUGUUCUUGGCAAUUUUCAAAGUCCAAAGAAAUGACUUGUCGUAUUCAGAUGAGACAGAACCCACCCACAACGACCCUGAUCAUAAGCUGGCGUAA